AUCUAUAUCCCCAUACGCAACCAUCAUCAAGGGAAGCCAGGUUGAUUAUCGUUUCAGAUUCUUUUUUUCUGGCAGAGGCUAUCAGGCAUGGGAAUACGAGGAUAUGAUUAUAUGAUCAUAUGAUCAUAUGCUAUCCAACAUUCCUUUUCAUCGGUAAUGCAUAAACCGUUUCAAUAAUUCUCGAAGCAAAGAGAAACCUGAACGCGCAAGCAGGUGGUGAAGGUUUUCUCCAUCAUUGAAAGGUUUCCUCGUUUACUCCCCAUUUUCACCUUUUUCCUUGGAUUUUUUUUCUUUGAAUUUCAAUCCAUCUAUAUUUAUGAUUCAUUCUUCUGCUGUUUCGUUUAAUUGAAGACAACAGUUUUCCUUGUUGUAAGUUUGCAGUUUAUUCAUUCAAAUGGAUGUGAGACAAGAAAAAUGGUCAGAAUUAACGAUCUCUAGUGCACAAAACUUGUGAAAGAUAUAAAGCAACCCAAUCAAGAUUUCUCUAGAUUCUGCAUCUUUGCAACCCUCCAUUAGUUUCCUCAAGAGACAAAAUGCUUAAUUGUUAAGAAUGGCAGACAAUACCAUGCUGGGGAAUGGAAUUGUUGGAAUUCUUUCGGAGUCUUCUAAUAAGUGGGAAAGAAGGGUGCCUUUAACUCCUUCGCAUUGUGCUCGACUCCUGCGCAGUGGCAGGGGUAAAACAGGGGUGGCUCGCAUAAUCGUGCAGCCAUCCACAAAGCGUAUUCACCAUGAUGCAUUAUAUGAGGAAGUUGGCUGUGAAAUAUCAGAAGACUUGUCAGAAUGUGGUCUCAUCUUGGGUGUCAAACAACCAAAGUUAGAGAUGAUUUUUCCCCAUAGAGCUUAUGCCUUUUUCUCCCACACUCACAAGGCACAGAAAGAGAACAUGCCUUUGCUAGAUAAGAUUCUAGAGGCGAGGGCUUCUUUGUACGAUUACGAGCUUAUUGUUGGAGAUCAUGGAAAAAGAUUACUUGCAUUUGGAAAAUAUGCUGGCAGAGCUGGACUGAUUGACUUCUUACAUGGGUUAGGAAUGCGGUAUCUAAGUCUUGGAUAUUCUACACCUUUCCUCUCACUGGGUGCAUCUUACAUGUAUUCUUCAUUGGCUGCUGCCAAAGCUGCAGUUAUUUCAGUGGGUGAAGAGAUAGCUGCUCAUGGACUGCCACCAGGAAUCUGUCCUCUUGUUUUUGUAUUCACUGGUUCAGGAAAUGUUUCUCUUGGAGCACAAGAGAUAUUUAAGCUACUUCCUCACACUUUUGUGGAUCCAAGCAGACUUCCUGAGCUAUUUGGUAAGGCCAAGGAUCCUACUCAAUCAGCACGGACAUCAAAGAGAGUCUUCCAAGUAUAUGGUUGUGUUACGACUUCUCAGCACAUGGUUCAACACAAAGAUCCUACAAAAGAAUUUGAUAAAGCUGACUACUAUGCACAUCCAGAAAACUACAGCCCCAUCUUCCAUGAGAAGAUAGCUCCCUAUGCAUCUGUUAUUGUCAAUUGCAUGUAUUGGGAGAAAAGAUUCCCUCCAUUGUUGACUGCGCAGCAGCUUCAAGAUUUAAUGAGGAAGGGAUGCCCACUUCUCGGAAUUUCAGAUAUAACUUGUGAUAUAGGAGGCUCACUGGAGUUUGUUAAUCAAACCACAUCAAUUGACUCACCUUUUUUCAGAUACGAUCCCUUCAAUGAUUCUUACCACCAUGACAUGGAGGGUAAAGGUGUGAUAUGUGCAUCUGUGGACAUUCUUCCCACAGAGUUUGCAAAAGAGGCUUCCAAACAUUUUGGAGAUAUUUUAUCUGAAUUUAUUGGAAGUUUGGCAUCUACUACAGACAUUACAGAAUUACCUGCACACUUAAGGAGAGCUUGUAUAGCCCACGGAGGAGCUGUUACCACCUUGUUUGAAUAUAUUCCUCGUAUGCGGAACUCUGAUUCAGAAAAAUUACCAGAAACUCUUGCAAAUUGCCACUCAAAUAAGAAGUAUAAUAUAUUGGUGUCUCUGAGUGGUCAUUUGUUUGAUCAGUUUCUGAUAAAUGAAGCUUUGGAUAUUAUUGAAGCAGCCGGUGGUUCCUUUCACUUAGUUAAGUGUCAAGUGGGUCAAAGUGCAAAUGCUAUGUCAUAUUCAGAACUUGAAGUUGGUGCAGAUGAUAAUGCAGUUCUACAUCAAAUAAUUGAUUCUUUAAUGUCUCUUGCCAAUCCAAGUGAAAAUGAUGGAUUUCUAAGCAAAGAAACAAAUAAGAUUUCAUUGAAGGUUGGUAAAGUCCUGGAGAGAGGAAACAUGAUGGAAUUAGAUGAUAAAGAGAAACCUGGGGUGCUGAUUCUUGGAGCUGGCCGGGUCUGUCAACCAGUUGCUGAAGUUUUGACCACAGCUGGAAGUGUCUCUUCUCGUCAAUUGUUUAAAAUGUGCCAGGAAUCUGAUUUUGAAGGGCAGAGUGAUAUUCAAGUUAUUGUUGCUUCUCUCUACCUAAAGGAUGCAGAAGAGAUUAUUGAGGGUCUUCCAAAUGCAACUGCUAUUCAGCUUGAUGUGAUGGAUCAUGAAAAUCUUCACAAGUAUAUUUCACAGGUUGAGGUUGUUAUUAGUCUGCUGCCUGCUAGUUGCCAUUUUAUUGUAGCAAAUGCUUGUAUUGAGCUCAAAAAGCAUCUAGUCACUGCUAGCUAUAUUGAUGAUUCCAUGUCAAAGCUAGAUGAAAGGGCAAAAGGUGCUGGUAUUACAAUUCUUGGUGAGAUGGGCUUGGACCCUGGAAUAGAUCACAUGAUGGCAAUGAUGAUGAUCGACCAGGCACAUGUCCAAGGAGGGAAAAUAAGGUCUUUCAUUUCUUACUGUGGGGGACUUCCAUCCCCUGAAGCUGCAAACAACCCAUUAGCAUACAAAUUCAGUUGGAACCCUGCAGGAGCUAUCCGAAGUGGGCGAAAUCCUGCUACCUACAGAUCUCAUGGGGAAACGGUAUCUAUUAAUGGAGAGAGUCUUUAUGACUCAGCUGUGAGUUUCCGGAUACCUGAUCUUCCAGCUUUUGCAUUGGAAAUUCUUCCAAAUCGUAAUUCUUUGGUUUAUGGAGACUUGUAUGGAAUUGACCAUGAAGCAUCUACCAUCUUUCGUGGAACCCUCCGUUAUGAAGGUUUUGCUGAGAUAAUGGGGACACUGGCAAGAAUUGGUUUCUUUGAUACUGAAGCCCAUCCGAUCCUUACACUCACAAAGAGACCGACAUUUGGAGCAUUCCUGCUUGAACUUCUUAAAAUUAAAAGUGAAGACUUUGAUGGAACUAUGACUGCAGAGGACAUCAAAGAAAGGAUUCUUGCACUUGGACUUUGCAAAGUGCAAGUAACGGCAUUGAAGACUGCCAAAACCAUCUUAUAUUUGGGAUUUCACGAGCAGACAGAAAUCCCUGUAUCAUGCCGAAGUGCAUUUGAUGUUGCCUGUCUCCGCAUGGAAGAAAGGUUAGCCUACUCUAGUGAAGAACAGGACAUGGUGCUUUUGCAUCAUGAAGUGGAGGUAGAGUUUCCAGAUGGCCGGCCUGUUGAGAAGCAUCGAGCCACCUUAUUGGAAUUCGGGAAGACUAAAAAUGGCAAAACAACCACUGCCAUGGCUUUCACUGUAGGAAUUCCAGCAGCAAUCGGUGCUCUGCUCAUACUUGAAAAGAAGAUCAAAACAAGAGGGGUUUUAAGGCCGAUUGAACCUCAAGUAUAUGUGCCAGGUAAUCACAAAUUCACAAUUCAUUCAUUUAGUUUUCUGGAGUUAGUGUUGAUACUGCUAUUUUUGUGUGGUUUUGCAGCCCUUGAUAUUUUACAAGCAUAUGGUUUGAAGCUGCUGGAGAAGACUGAAUGACCUGGAUUGUUCUGUUCGAUACCUAAGUAAUAAUGGGUCUCCUACUGGAAAUGACCUCAUGAAUAAACAGGUUUCUCUUGGGAACAGUGUUAGUGAUCACAAAAUUGCAUUAUCUGAUUACACAACUGCAGUGUUCAUAUGAUCAUCUCCAUAGAUUAAAAUUUAUUCCUAUUUAUGUAAUAAAAAGAUCCGUAGAAUUAUAAUUAUGUGCAGUGGAGAAAUAUUAAAGUUAUUCUAAACC